GGCGCGCGCGACGAAUCUUAACGUUGCGCCGUCUGCGGGCGCUUCCGGGCCACCAGUUUCCCUGCCUUCCACCCUGGCGCCCCCCAGCCCUGGCUCCUCGGCUACGCUGCCCCGGGCGUCUACGCCCUGCGGGCUCAGCGGUUUCAGCGGACUCAAUCUGCGCAGCGCCUCCUCCAUGUUGACCAAGCCAAUACAGGGGCUUCCUGCGCCCCCCGUGACCCCCGCACAGCCGCCAGGAGGCAAGGAUCGGGCAGCGUUCGAGGCCGAAUAUCGUCUCGGCCCCCUUCUGGGUAAGGGGGGAUUUGGCACCGUCUUCGCGGGACAUCGCGUCGCUGAUCGACUCCAGGUGGCCAUCAAAGUGAUCUCGCGGAAUCGAGUUCUUGGCUGGUCCACUUUGUCAGACUCAGUCACUUGCCCACUCGAAGUGGCACUGUUAUGGAAGGUGGGUGAAGGCAGUGGGCAUCCUGGUGUGAUACGCCUGCUUGACUGGUUUGAAACCUCAGAAGGGUUCAUGCUGGUCCUCGAGAGGCCUAUGCCUGCCCAGGAUCUUUUUGAUUACAUCACAGAGAAGGGUCCACUGGGUGAGAGCAAAAGCCGCAGCUUCUUUACCCAGGUAGUGGCAGCGGUCCAACACUGCCACGCCCGAGGAGUUGUCCAUCGUGAUAUCAAAGAUGAGAACAUCCUGAUAGACCUGUGCAGGGGCUGUGUUAAACUCAUCGAUUUUGGUUCUGGUGCCCUGCUUCAUGAUGAACCCUAUACUGACUUUGAUGGGACAAGGGUGUACAGCCCUCCAGAAUGGAUCUCUCGGCACCAGUACCAUGCACUCCCAGCCACUGUCUGGUCACUGGGUGUUCUUCUCUAUGACAUGGUGUGUGGAGAUAUUCCCUUUGAGAGGGACCAGGAGAUUCUGGAGGCUCAACUUCAUUUUCCUGCCCACGUCUCCUCAGACUGCUGUGCCCUAAUCCGCCGGUGCCUGGCUCCUAAACCUUCUAACCGACCUUCACUGGAAGAGAUCCUGCUGGACCCUUGGAUGCAGACACCAGCUGAAGAAGUGCCCGUCAAUGCCCCUAAAGGAAGCCCUACUACUCCCUUGGCCUGGUCCCUGCUUCCCUAGGCCCAGUCAGGCCUCCCACUGGUUGGAAUCCCAUGGUCAAGCCACAGGGAUAGAUGGACAUCUGUUGACCUGGUUAUACAGGUUGUUAAAAAUCCAGUAUUACUAAGGUCAGGGAUAAGGGUUCAGGGGUCAGAAGAUGAGCCAAAUCUGCCCAGUUCCCUUCCCAAUCUUGUGAAGGAGCCUUCCUCCUAGAACCUGUGGCCCUUAUUCUGGAGGGGGGAAUUCCUUGCUUUGUGUUCUGUUCAGGAUGUUUAUUUGGAGAUUUUCCCUUCUGAGCCCUAGGAUUUGUUUUCCUUAAGUUGUAAACCCCUCCCCCUGCACUAGCACCUCCUAUAGUACCACCACACAAACUUAGAUACUUAGUUCAAAUGCUCUCACUUGGGCAAGGGUGCUUUCCUUAAAAUACCCCAGCAGCUCUUCAUUUUAGCAAAAGGGCCCUUCCCCUAGCCAAGGGUCCCAUAUUCGGUCAAGCUGCUUGCCUAUCUCAUCCUAGAACUGCUUAUUCUGGGAGAGGUAAUGCCCUGUUAAUAUCCCAGGGCUCUUUGUGUUUGUGAGGGGUUUUUUUGUUGUUAGUUUGUUUUGGUGAUUUUUUUGGUGAGGGGAUCCUACUGUUACCCCAAGUGCUCUUACUCUGGUGAGAAGAAACCUGACUUCCAUAAUUUGGGAAGGAAUGGGAAACAGAUACCAUCAGACAUCACCAGAAACUAGGAUGGGAUGGAUGGGGUUUUCUUGGGGGGGAUGAGCUGGGGGAAAUGUCUUGUUGUGUAUUCUCCUGGGGUCCCCCCUCCAACUUGCUGCCUCCUACUGAGCCAGGAUUGUCCAAUUGCUAAAAUGUAAAUAUUUGUGUACUGGAGGUAGGAGAGCUGCAAGUGUGCCCUCCUGUCACUUCUCCCCUGCCUGGAUUAUUUAAAAAGCCAUGUGUGGAAUCCCACUAUUUAAUAAAUAAACUUCACAAGCGACUGGC